AUGAUUUUAAUUUGUCUGCUUUUCUUGGCUUUUGUGAGUUAUGCCAAAUGUGACAUCCCGGUUCACUGCUUGAGUAGACAUGUAGAGGGGAAAUGGGAGAUCAGCCUGGGCCUCCUUAAGGGAGAAAGUGGUGGCGCUUCGAAUUGGGGACAAGACUACGACUACGAGUGUGGCUACCGACGUCCGGACGACUCCGUUUACCAUGAGGAACUGGACCCUGAUCACCUGAAGGGACGUUUCGAGGAGAAAAAAAAACAAAUUAUCCAAUUUAACACAGACAGAAGCAUAAACAUAAUCGAAAAUGGGGAAAUAAAUCCUGAGUACAGUGGGUUCUGGAGGAUCGUGUACGACGAGGGGUUAUACAUGGAGGUGUAUAAGCAGAAUGAUGAGAAGGAGAUUUAUUUCUCCUUCUUCAAGUUUCAAAGAAGGAACGAUGCGUCUUACAGUUACUGCAACAGGUUGAUCAUGGGGGUAGUGAAUGUGUAUCACCUGAAUGGUAGUGAAGGAAGUUCUUCUUCUUCGGGGGUUUCUGGGGUAGAUGAUCUAUCAGAUCAAAAUGUAAGGGGGAAAAGGGGGUCCAAAUUGAAGGACGUUUUUCUCGUCAAAAUGGAGCAUAAUGGGAAAAAUGGAUUGACCCCCAAAAGGAUUAACCUUUCCAGAGAAAGAUUCCAUUUUGUAGGCUCAAAAGAAGGUGCACCUAAAAGUUCGAGCCAUUCCAUAGAUUACUACAACGAUAAUUAUAUUAAUUUUGACAUGUUCACCAUGAAGAGGUUAUGUUGGUAUGGGAAGAAGGUCGGUACCCCUGAUGAGCCUACGAACAAGAUCCCCGUGGAGAUAAUUUCUCCCCUUGUGUUGGACCCAGACACACACAACAAGAAUUACGCCAAUUUGAAGUUGGAGUGGGGAGGUGUCAAUGACAAGAGGAUACAGCGAGUGAAUCACGGACAGCCACAUACCGAUAAAGCACUCACCCGAUUGAGAACUCUUCCAAAGCACACAGAAAAAUCAAACAAAGGGAUGAAGCAGAAUAGCAUAUUUAAUACCUAUCGUGAGAAAGAUGUAUCUUUGGCACAUUUUGACUGGACAGAUGAAGCUGACGUGAGGGAGAGACUUAAUGGGAAAUGGGUAAAAGUUAUCGACGAAGCGAUAGACCAGAAGGAAUGUGGAUCUUGUUACGCAAACUCAGCUGCGUUAAUUAUUAACAGUAGACUCAGAAUUAAAUACAAUUAUAUAAAGAACAUAGAGUUGUUAUCCUUUAGCAACAAGCAGUUAGUUCUUUGCGAUUUCUUCAAUCAAGGAUGCAAUGGUGGCUACAUUUAUUUGUCCCUAAAAUAUGCGUAUGAGAAUUUCCUUUUUACGAAUAAGUGUUUUGUGAGAUACUCCUCUUUAUAUUUAAAUAAGGAUACGAAGAAUAGCGCGCUCUGUGAUCGGUUUGAUACGUUUAAGGCUUUUCUGAAGAAGGGGAGCGGGGAGGAUUGGUCAAGUGCGCAUGUAGGACCACUGCAUAGGCAAACCAAGCGAGUGAGGCAACACGAGCCUUCUGGGGGGAGUGAAGAAAAUGUCGGAGGGGAAGAUAUGUUUGUAGGUGAAGAAGUGGAUAAAUCCUCUACCCAAGGUGAAGAGCACAGCGGAGGAAAUAAACACAGUCGACAUCAUAUGGGUGAUGUGGAUGAUGUGCGCGAUGAACAAGACCUCCCCAAGGAUCACGAGCUAAGCGAGGGCUACCUCCCAGUGGACGAUUCCGUGAGGGAUGCCAGUGAAGUGGACAUGCUCAAACUACGCGAAUGCGACGCGAAAGUCAAAGUGACAAAGUUCGAAUACUUAGAUAUAGAGGACGAAGAGGAUUUAAAAAAGUACCUAUAUCAUAAUGGGCCCGUAGCAGCGGCAAUUGAGCCAUCAAAAAAUUUUCCGGCGUAUAAGGAAGGCAUACUGACAGGAAAGUUCAUAAAAAUGUCGGAUGGGGGGGAAUCCAAUGCGUAUGUUUGGAACAAGGUCGACCAUGCUGUAGUUAUAGUUGGGUGGGGAGAAGACACGGUUGAAAAUUUGAAAAAAAAAAAAAAAAAAGUUCACCAUUAUUCAGAUGAUCUUGACGCUUAUGCUAGUGGAAAGGAAGACAAGGCCGGAGGUAAGGUCGUGAAGUAUUGGAAAAUUCUGAACAGCUGGGGGACUCAAUGGGGGUAUGACGGCUACUUUUACAUUUUGCGCGAUGAAAAUUACUUCAGCAUAAAGUCGUAUUUGCUCGCGUGUGACGUGAGUUUGUUCAUCAAGCGGGGUGAUUCGGGAGUGUCGCAAGGGUGA